AUGUUUCACUUUUAUGAUAUCAUUAUCCUCACAGAAACCUGGCUGACUCCUGACAUAAGUGACAGCGAACUUGGUUUCGCUGGCUUUCAAGUAAUAAGACUUGAUAGAAACCAUAAUAACAGCACUUCUACCCGAGGUGGCGGAGUUCUAAUUGCUAUCAAGGAUACCCGUUCCUUUCAACCUAUUUCACUAACCGUAUCUAAUGUUGAACAAGUAUUUUUAUUAUUGUCCCUAAACUCUGGCCACUUAUUGGUAGGAGGUGUAUACUUACCCCCUCGAUCCCCCCUUUCUGUAGUUGAAUCCCAUACCACUUCUGUUGAACACAUCAUUUCCUCUUAUAAACCAAAUUCCCUAGUCAUAUGUGGUGAUUACAAUCUCCCUAAUAUCAACUGGUCUUCUGAUGAAUUAGGAUUAAUCGGGACUAAUGAUCCCAGUAUAAUUUCCACAACUAUUAUUGAUUCUUUUUCUUACCUUAAUUUUUUCCAGCAUAAUUUCUUUCGCAAUAAUCAUAGCAGUAUCUUAGAUCUUGUCUUUUCCAACUCCAAUAGAAUUACAGUCAAUUUAGCAACGGAAUAUUUGGUUAUUCCUGAUCCUUACCACCCACCUCUUCACGUGGUCCUUCCUUCACAAUCUGACAAAUCAGUAGUUAAUACUCAUACUUAUAAAGAUUUUAAGGCUGCAAACUACCCUGCCAUAACGCAAUUUAUUAACUCCUUUAAUUGGGAGUUAACAUUUUCACAGUACACAAUCGAAGAUGCAGCCUCUGUUUUUAAUGAAGCCCUACUUCAUGCUAUCGAUCUGUUUGUUCCCACAAAAAUAUUUAAAUUGCCAAAAUUCCCUGCGUGGACAUCUCCCUCUCUCAAAAAUCUUAUUUUGGAGAGAAAGCGAGCUCACGCACUCUAUAAGUGCUCGAGGUCCCCCUAUGACUACUCAGCUUUUUCCAAACUUCGUGCUAAAUGCAAGCGCCAAUCUAAAAUAGACUACCAGUCUUAUAUAAAAAAUACCGAAAACUCGUUCAAUCGCAAUCCCUCACUAUUCUGGAAAUCUAUUAAAAAUCUAAACCAGAAAAACACUAUACCCGCCACACUAUUUUGGAACAAUGAUAAGGUUGAUACUCCUCUUGGUUCGGCUAACCUAUUCUCUAAGCUAUCUCUUGAUGAGGGUAUCUUUCCAGCUGCUUGGAAAACAUGUUCUGUCACCCCUGUUUUUAAAUCUGGAGAUCCCUCGCUCGUUUCUAAUUACAGACCUAUUUCCAUCCUACCACACAUUUCUAAACUAUUUGAGUCCAUCGUCUACUCCUCAAUCAAAAGAAGUCUUAACCAUAUUCUAAUGGAUGAGCAGCAUGGUUUCCGUAGUGGGAAAUCUACUGUCACUUGCAGCCUAUCUUUCACAUCAUAUAUUUUAAAAAGCUUUGAAUCUGAUUGUCAAGUUGAUGCUGUGUUCACGGACUUUAAUAAAGCCUUCGACACUGUCAUUCAUAGCCGCCUUAUCUCUGAAUUGGAUUCACUUGGUAUCGGUAAUCCUUUACUCUCAUGGCUCCAAUCUUAUUUAAGUCAAAGAAAGCAAUUUGUAAGAGUUCACGGCGUUGACUCUGACUUAUUUAUUACUCCCUCUGGGGUCCCCCAAGGAGGGCAUCUCAGUCCUCUUCUGUUCAUCCUUUUCGUUAACUCAAUUAACAGGUACAUUUCAUCCUCUAAAGUUCUUCUGUUUGCCGACGAUAUUAAAUUUUUCUCAAAAAUUACAUCUCCGUCUGACAGUCUUCAACUUCAAUCAGAUCUCAAUACUUUCUCUCUCUGGGCCCAGCGUAUUGGCCUAACGCUCAACCUCAACAAGUGUCAUGUUAUGUCUUUUCAUAGAAAACGUACUUGCAUAAUACAUCCUUAUUCCCUUAAUGGCUCUACUCUCAAACGUGUAUCCACUGUCAAAGAUCUUGGGUUCUAUCUCACUCCUUCUCUUUCCUUUGAACACCAUAUUGAUGUUACGAAAUUUAAGACAUGA